AUGGCGUUUCUUUACAGUGACGUGGAUCCUCCGCACUUUGACCAGCAAGCACCCGCUGCCGAUUGCGUCGAAAUGCUGCUCGCCAAGUGGGAUCGCGAAGACGGACUUGUAAUAGAUGAAAACGUCGGAAAGAAGAAAAGAGGAUGGAAGAAGGAGCUAAGAAAGAUGGAAAUCAAGACCAGAGAUGUCGCAAAGCUCAGAGAGAUGUCAAACGAAGCAAAAAGAGCAAAGCAAGAAGAAAAACUCAAAAAUCAAAAACGUCAAGAAUUCGAAGAAAACUCUUCGGACAGCGAUGAAGUUGACUUGGACAAACUGGCUUGGAAAAUGACCGGCGAAAGUCUCCCGCAGCAAAGAUGGGAGGAGCUCUAUGGAAGGAAAAAUAAAGAAGACAUUUUUGAAGAAAAGAAAAUGGCGGGAAGAAGAAAAUUUCGAAGAUUUAGGAAAUAA